GCGGUGACCUACGAUGGCGGCGGCGGCAGCGACAACACGUUGGGUGUAGUCUUCUACGCCGGAGAGGUGGCGUGGAACCGGCACUUGAAUCUGGGGCGGGUGGCAUUGUUGGAAGGUGACCAUGUCAUCUACACGGCCGACGGCGACCUGUAUAUAGUGACGGUGUCGAACUGCCCGGACGCGCAGGCGGCCAGGUUCGGCGGGCACGGCCCUCCGCCGCCAGGCAUCGACCCGCAGCAGGUGUAUCGGUUCCGUGCGGAGCCGACCGAUGCGGAGGUGGCGCAGCUCACCGCCGAGGCCGAGCAGGUGGCGCUCGCCGAGUGCAGGAGGCGCGCGCAGGCGACUGGCAACCCAGAGCUGCUCGUGAACCUGCGGCCCCUGGUGCUGCCGGGUGGUGGCGCCGCGGCGGCCCUGGCGAUCGCGCCCGCGGGCCCGGCCGUGGGCCUGCUGCGCGGCGCUCCUGUCGGCGCUGCCGCUGCGCCUGCUGCGGAACCUGCGGGGGCAUGGCGGGCCGCCAUGUGCGAGGGCGGGUACCGCGUCGGCGACGAGGUGCCGGGUCACCUCCCCACGGCGGCCAGGGUGCAGUCGCGGGACAUCCACGUGCUGCCCGACGGCGCGGGCUUGUUCGUCGAGCUGGUGCCCCCGUCGCGGCUGGCGGCUUUCCUGCGCAAGGCCGUCGAUGCGGACGCCCGCGUCCUCCUCAUCGUGCGCGAUGCCCAGGGCCGCCGUGACCUGCCAUGGAACCGCAUGGUGGAGAUGACCCGCCAGGGGGACUUCGGCAGCGACUGGGCGCUCCGGGGGCCCAGGACGGCGGCCUGGUGCAUGCGCUACCUGCAGCGGGAGGCGCUCCGCAUCGAGGGCCACCACGAGCACUUCCGCCAGGUGUGCAAGCUGGGCGCGAGCGACUGGGGCGUUCAGGAGCACUUCCAGUUGUCUCAGCAGAUCAAGGCUGCGACGUGCCAGGACCAGUUGGAUGGCACCAACUUGAUCAGCAUAGAGAUGAAGUUCCGGAGGCUCCGGACCAUCGAGUUCGCGCACUGGGGCAAGGCCAAGGACGCCGAGAGCAAGGGGGUUGGCGGCAAGAUGAGCUUGGAGGAGCAGGCCGCCUUCUCUGGCUUGUCGCGCGCGACCUCGUCUCCUGACCUCAUCGAGUACGUGCGCGCAGAUGUAGAGAAGGAAGCGAAGUUGCACAAGAGUUUGCGCCUGGCCCGCGAGGUCAUGGGCCUGCUCAUGCUCAAGACGUCUGCGGUGAACGGCGACGUCGUGCACGUGGCAUCUUUCCUCUGUCCUACCCGAAGGAUCGCGAGGUCUUCGAUCGGGGCGUGGGCCGUGGGCUAUCCCGUGGACUGCGGCAGCGGCUGGGCAAGAGCGCCUUUGCAGCUUCGCGUGGCCGGGGGCGCCUACACCGUCGAGCAGUCGUCCCUCGGGAGCUACGCCCCCGCGCUCCUCUCUUUGCCUGACGUCAGUGCGGCUCCUGUCCCGCUGGCAGACGUGUGGGGGAAGGGCGGGCUAUCCAAGGUCGAACUCUUCGUUCAGCAGAGCCUGCUCAGUCCGAGCGAGGCGGCGGCGCGUCUCCGUCAGGAUUCUGUGCCUGUGCCCUACUCCGGCCCCAAGCUUCGCGACCAGAAGUGCUGGUCCAGUUUUGUUCAGCUCUUGCGUGAGAGCCAUCUCAUCGAGUAUGCACUUGAGGAUGGCAUGCGAGCAGAUAUCUUGUUUGUCAAGAAGAAGGGCGGCCGCCUCCGCAUGGUCGCGGACUGCCGCAGGUCCAACGAGGUCUUGGUGGAGCCCGACGGCGUCAGGCUCGCCACGGGGGGCGCGUUCGGUUGCCUCGAGAUGCUCGACGACGACAGUGAGCUCACCAUCGAGGGCGCGGACCUGAAGGACGCUUUCUACCACUUGGAGUUGCAGGAGGCGCUCCGCUACGCUUUUGCACUGAGGCCUGUCCGUGCUGGGAUGAUGGGCGUCUCCGUGGUCGGCGCCAAGAGCGUGAAGGCCUCCGCCCUCCUGUGCCCCAGGCUCCGCGUCGUUCCCAUGGGCUGGUCCUGGGCAAUGUGGUGGUGCCAGUGGCUUAUGGAGAGGGUGGCCGAGGCGAGCGGCUGUGAUGAUGCCUCUCGCCUUCGGGUUGGCCGCCCAGCCCCGUCACUCAGCCCAGCCUGCCAUCUCGAGUACGUGGACAGCCACGUCAGCAUCGGCUACGACGCGGAAGUCGUCCGCACCAACGUCGCGAGGAUGAUGCAGGAGCUCGAGCGUCGCGGACUCGUGGUUACGAGGGAAGCUCACCUUGGCGAGGUGGACGGCGAGUUCUCCGUCCUCGGGUGGGCCCUCUCAUCCACGGGCCGUUUCUCGUCAUCGGCGUCGCGACUCUGGCGCGCGAGGCUUGCUGCGCGAGCCUUGGUCCGGAGGGGCCGCUGCCCGGGUCGGGACCUGGAGCGGGUCAUCGGGCACGUGGUCUUCAUCGCGCUGGCCCAGCGCGAGGGCCUGAGCAUUUUCGAGUCGUGCUUCAGGUUCAUCCAGGAGUGCUACAACCGUGAGGUGCCGCUCUGGAGCCAGGUUGGGCAGGAACUGCUGGCCUGGGAUGGCGUUGCCCCUCUGUUGUGGCGUGACCUCCGCGCGCCGUGGUCCCCUUGCGUGGGCUGCGUGGAUGCUCCCCCUCGGUGGUUGGGCGCCUGCGAAGCCGUCUGGGAGGUGGGCGCGGUGCGGGAGGUGGGUCGCCAUAGCGAGAGGUGGCGCUAUGGCCGGGCCGAGCGCUUGCCUCCACGUCGGCGGGCACGCGCGGCCGAGCUGGCGGCCGAGGGGGCGGCUGGCGCAGCCGAGGGCCUGCGCGCCCGGCUGGGCGCCGAGCUUCCGUCGGGAUCCAGCGGGCAGUCGCUGGGUCCGCCUCUUGAGCGCGACCUCAGCCAGUUUCCCGAAGUUCUCCGGCGGGUGCUGGAAAAGAGCAAGUGGCAGGUUACGGGCAGGAGGAAGUGGGAUCGUCUCGAGGGUAUGCCUGUCCUGGAGGACCAGUACCAGGAGCCCGCCUACGACCUAGGGGGGCAGCCCCGGUCCCUGGAGUUGGAGCCUAUGUCGAACACCCCGGGCCUGGACCGCAACCUGGACCCCGUCGAGCCUCACCUCGAGCCCGAGCCGUCCGUCAGCAUUCCUGGCUCGAGGGUGCGGACUGGGAAGCACCCAGCGGCGUGGGUCCUGGGCGGGGCGAGCAUGCCUACGUUGGCCCGCCGGCGUGGGCCAGCCAGCCCUCCACCGGCGCUGUUGCCGGCACUUCGUGCCCAGACACCAGAGGCUGCGCCCGCGGCGGCCUCCCUCGCGCCGAUCCAGCGGGCGCGCCUCGGCGAGCUGCCAGCCGGGGUACUCGUCCUGAACGCGGCCUCGGUGCGGACUGGGGCUGGGCGCCAGGCUUGCACCAACAUGCCCAACGGGUUCGGCCAGGGGUUCGAGCAGCAGAGGAGGCAAGUUUCCGCUCCAGCGUUGCUCGACGACGCCGCCCGCGACUACCUUCACAAGACGUUCGAGGAGGGCUGGCGCCAGACCCGCGCCAAUCGCAUGAUCGCGGCGGUGGCGUGGCGCGACCCCCGCUUCGACAAGACGGGGCCGUUCGACCUGCAGAUCCGGGCGUUGGUCAGCGCUCGGCGCCUGGGGGGCGCCGCGGCGAACGCCCCCCUCUUCUCCGCCACUCAGGCGGAGGUCUCGCGCGCCUGGCGCGGGGCCAUCCAGGCGCUCAAGCUCGGCACCAUCGGCGCCUGCCUCGCAUGCCAGCCCCGUCACUCAGGGCCCAGCCGCGACUUCGCCGCCACCCUCCGCGACCUCGAGCAGAUCCGCCGCCGACGCCGCUGGAAGUCGUGGAGCCCUUGGCAAAGGUGCGAGAAGGGCAGGCGGCCCACCGUGCAGAUCCACAGGCUACCCAGCGCACAGCGGCGGCACGCCGCGGCCUGCGGCCUCGCCCAGACCGCGCGCAGGCGCGGCCAGCCCUCAGCAUUGGCUCCAGUCUGCCCGACCCAGCGGUGA